CACCUUCUGAGGGGCUGAGGGGCUGAUUCUCUGGUACAUUUUACAUCAUGGAACCCCAGAAUAUUUUGGGAUGGGAGGGACCCCAAAGCCCACCCAGUGCCACCCCUGCCCUGGACAGGGACACCUUCCACCAGCACAGGCUGCUCCAAGCCCCAUCCAACCUGGUCUUGGACACUUCCAGGGAUCCAGGGGCAGCCACAGCUUCUCUGCCCAACCUAUGCCAGUGCCAACAAAUUUUGCAUUUGUUUCCAAGGUUGAUUCUUAAAUAAGAAGUAUCAGGUUAAAAUGUCAUCAAUUUUUCACCCAGUUGUCAUCCAAAAGAAGCCUUAGCUUAGCAGCUUGGUCUUGACUGGGAUGAUCACAGACAAGGCAUUUGCUCACUCAACAAAGCAUCUCAGACUCCGGAAUUUGGGGACAGCUGUGAAGCAGUGGUGCUCACCAGGAAGGUUUUCCCUUUCAUUCCCAAGUUUUUCUUUGGUUUUUUUUUUUUUCUUUUUCAAGAAGAAAUAUCCAUCCAUUUCCUUCAUUCUAGGGUUUAAUGGAUAAACAGGGCUGCAGUCAGAAGUGACACUGUGGUUGGUACCUGUGCCAGUGUCCAAACAGCACGUGGGUGCCUGCUCAGGCUGGAGGGAGGUGGAGGGAUGUGCAGCCUCUCCAUCCAGCGCAGAGUCCAACUACCUGGGGUUUGUGUUGUUGGUGUGUUUUAGGUCUAGGCCAUGCGAGAGCUGAGCUGGGAUGGAGCAGGACUCACGUGCCACGUGGGAGUUCAAUGGCUCCUUCCAUCAGCCUUCCUCUUUCCUCAUGCUGGGCAUCCCGGGCCUGGAAGCCCUUCACCCCUGGAUCUCCAUCCCUUUCUGUGCUCUCUACCUCACUGCUCUCUUGGGGAACUGCACCAUCCUGUUCAUCAUCAAGAAGACCCAGAGUCUCCACGAGCCAAUGUACUACUUCCUGUGCAUGCUGGCGCUCACCGACCUGGGCCUGGCGCUCUGCACCCUGCCCACCACGCUAGGGCUCUUCUGGUUCAACCGGCGCAGCAUCGGCUUCGAUGAGUGCCUGGCCCAGAUGUACUUCAUCCACAUCCUGUCCUUCAUCGAGUCCUCCGUGCUCCUGGCCAUGGCCUUCGACCGCUUCAUCGCCAUCUCCCGCCCCCUCAGACACCCCUCCAUCCUGACCAAGGCCACUGUCACAAAGAUAGGCCUGGCCAUCGUGCUGAGGGGGAUGGUCUCCCUCCUUCCCCUUCCCUUCCUGCUCAAGAGACUGACCUACUGUGGGAAGAUGGAGCUUUCCCACUCCUUCUGCUUCCACCCUGACAUCAUGAACCUGGCAUGUGCAGAUAUAAAGGUCAAUGUCUUCUAUGGCAUGAUCAUUCUCUUGUCCACGGUGGGGAUGGACUUCAUCUUCAUCGUGCUGUCCUACAUCCUCAUCAUCAGAACUGUCGUCAGCCUGGCAACCAGGGAGGAGUGUCUCAAGGCCCUGAACACGUGUGUGUCCCACAUCUGUGCUGUCCUGGUCUUCUUCAUCCCCAUGAUUGGACUGUCCAUGAUCCACCGCUUUGGGAAGAACGUUCCCCCUCUGGUCAAUACUUUGGUGGCCUACACCUACCUCAUCAUCCCCCCCGCCCUGAACCCCGUUAUCUACAGCAUCAAAUCCAGCCACAUCCGCGAGGCUUUGCUCAGGGCCCUGUGCAGGAAGAGUGGCUCUGACUGGUAGCUGCCCCCACCAGCUCUGCCAGAAAGUGCUGGUGGGCUGGUUUCUCAGUCAGGAACAGCAGACUGAUUUCUUGGUCAGACCUGGCCGACUGGUUUCUUGGUCAGAGGUCUUGGACUGGUU